CGCGCCGCGCUGCGCUGCGCUCCAGCGCCCAGGGCGCCGCACACGAACCCACCCAGCCACCCAGCUACCCAGCCACCAGACGCCAUGGGCAAGGACAGGCAGCCCCGCGGGCAGCAGAGGCAGGGGGCGCCGCCGGCCGCGGACGCCGCAGGGCCCGAUGACCCGGGGCUGAAGAAGGGCGCGGGGACCCGCGAGGAUUGCGGGGACGAGGAGGCCCGGACGUGCUGCGGUUGCCGCUUCCCGCUGCUGCUCGCGCUGCUGCAGCUGGCCCUGGGCAUCGCCGUGACUGUGGUGGGCUUCCUUAUGGCCAGCAUCAGCUCCUCCCUGCUAGUCAGAGCCACUCCAUUUUGGGCUGGGAUCAUUGUCUGCGUGGUAGCCUACCUUGGCUUGUUCAUGCUUUGUGUCUCAUACCAAGUGGAUGAACGGACAUGUAUCCAGUUUUCUAUGAAACUGCUGUACUUUGUGCUGAGUGCCCUGGGGCUGAUGGUCUGUGUGCUGGCCGUGGCCUUUGCCGCCCACCACUACUCACAGCUCUCGCACUUGACCUGCGAGGACGUCCUGGACUCCUGCCAGUGCAAGCUGCCCUCCUCGGAGCCGCUGAGCAGGACCUUCGUCUACCGGAACGUGACCGACUGUAGCAGCAUCACCGGCACUUUCCAGAUGUUCUUAAUCAUCCAGAUGGUCCUCAACUUGGUCUGCGGUCUUGUGUGCUUGGUGGCCUGUUUUGUGAUGUGGAAACACAGGUACCAGGUGUUGUAUGUGGGCGUCAGGAUGUGCCCCCUGGCGGCAUCCGAAGGCCAGCAGAAGGUCUAGUAGUCUCACAUGCUGGCCAGCUGAGGUGGAAAGCAAAACAAAGCAUUUGUAAGAAAAAAGACAAAACUUUCAACAGUAUUUACUGUUCUCAGUGGAUAUUUUUCAUAUUUUGGGGAGGAAAGAACAGAGCAUUUCUUCAUGUUUCUAUUACAUUUUUAAACAUCUGUACAGGGACACAAGCUUCAAGUUGGUCUGGGAAUAGGAAAAACUACAAGAAGACCAAUCUGGGGGUGAAAAAGACAUAGAUCUGUCCCGAUGGUCUGGAGUUUAUUUUUAGCACUCAUCUUCUGGCUAAUACGGUGUGACAUGGCAUUUAUAGAGACUGCCCCACGUUCUUGCCACGCCUGGCCAUCAUGCCCACUGUGUCUCAGAGGGGGGCAAGGUGUGGAGGAAUCUCUUCAUUCUCCCUGGGGAGGGGAGGGGAGGGGAGGGAGAUGUUAUUAAGGCAUUAAAUAGAAGGGAACUUCAAAAAGUUCCUGCAAAAUGGAAUUGAAAGUUUAUUUUGCUGCCAAGAAUUUUAAGAUCCACCCAUGCAAGGGAAUUUUCAAAAAGGUCAUUGAAAAAGCGAUGCUGUGGGAAAAAAAAAAAGUCACGGAUGUCAAAAUUUUGUGUUUGUGGCAAAAUAAUCUUUUUCUGCCAUUUUUGAAGUGCCCUUGUAGCUUAAAAAUCCCAACAGAAAAGGAAGAGACAUUGAAAAAAAAAAAAAAAAAGACCAAGUAAUUAUAAACACCUGUGCCAGGGCGUGGGCCUUCCCGGCCUCCAUGGUCAGGCUCUGCAAGCAGAUCACUUACUAAACACUUGGCAGGACUGUGUGUGUGUCUCAAUAAUUGAAAUAUGGUGGUGCUUGUCUUCUUAAUGAUGUAGAAGGUUUAAAAAUAAUUACAUUAUGCUUCCAUUCUAUCAUCUACAACAAAUCAUUAAACCUAAUUUCUAGCUAAUUGUUAAUUAUAAUUAUGCUCAGAAGUCUAUUUAAUGAGUUCUGGCUGUACUUAGGCGGCACUGUCAGUGUUAAGAGAAAUGAUCCUGCUAAGAGAAGAGGCCCAGAGAUUCUUUCUUCUGGAAGCCAAGCAUUAUAAGGAGGGUUUUUAUUAUUAUUAAUAGCUCAGGUUAAAAAACACCCAUUGAAACAAAAACAGGAGCAUUUAUAACCGGAAGCGUUUACACAAUACCUUUCUGAUGACUUGAAGAGUGUGUGUUGGUGGUGAGGUAGCUUUGAGCAAAGUCAGCUAGCACUGAUGUGUUUUGUGCACAAAACUGGAUUUGAUUCUCAGUCCUGUUGUUGAUGUGUGUGCACAGUAAAGCCAGCAACAUGCUGUUUCCAAGUCCUUAUUCAGCAGCCGUCCAUUCACUUGGAGGGUAGCUUCUGUUUCCAAGUGGCUGGAAGUUAAAGCACAAGUCCCCUGGGGUGGGACACGCCUCCUGGUGAUUAAGAACAAUAUCGAUGUUUUACAAGAGGGUCUCCGAAUGGAAACUUAUGUACCUUAAGUGUUGCCAAGCACCUUCUCUGGCAAUAUGCUGGACUUGACAGCAGAAACUCAAGAUGACUGGGCUCCGUCUGCAGCCUCACGUUGCCUCCUGAGGCUCUUCCCCAGUGGUCAGAGUCUUACAAAGCAGGUGAAUAAGUGUACUGGUUGUGAUAACGGUGUCAAUUUGUAUACCAAGUAACUGUCCAAACAGAAAGCAAAAUUAGUCAGUGGAAGGAUGGGUCGUAAGCACGUUUCAUGCCCUCCAGGCUACAGACCUGAUUCACAGAUGUCACAUCCUUUCUGUGCUAUGCCCCAAGAACUGCCUUCCAUGUGAGCUCAGGCCACGCAGGGAGACCAAGGCCCCCGUGCUCAGGCCACGCAGGGAGACCAAGGUCCCCGUGGACCCCAUCAGCACAACACCACGCUUCCUGAUGAGGAUCGGGAAAACCCCCUAUGCCCAUACCUGAAUCCAUUUAGGUCUCUCCUAGGGUUUCCUACAUAAGAAAGUGAGUCUGGAACGCUGCAGACUGGCAACACUGUGCUUUAAAGCCGGAUACCAUGAGGCAAGUGCUGGCAGCAGCACAUUCUUAAUACUUUCAUCUACAACUUUUUAUAAUGAACACUAAAGGUUUUUACAUUGAAAAAACCAAGACUUCCUCUAUCCUUAUGGUGCUCUAUGCUCACAGGUUAGCCUGGGUUAGCCUGCUCUUUUUUUUUUUCCUAAAGAAUGCCACCAAUAAGAAAUGACCUUGAUAUUUGUGUACCAGAGCAUGGGGAUUUUGUGAUUGAAUCAUUGGAUUAUCCUUGACUCGCCAAAGAGUGGGGGGGAAAGACUAUAAAUGAAUAGAAGGAAAAAGAAGAGGAGCUAAGAGAAGGAAGGAAGAAAGGGAGACUUCCUUUGCUUUGAGCUCACUGGAAGUUGAUAGAUGUCAGAACUGUGUUUUGGGGUCGGCACUGCGGCCCCACCAGCUAAUUCUCCACCUGCAAGUGUCAGUAUCCCAUGAGUGUUGGUUUGUGUCCUGGAUGCUCCAUUUCCCAUGCAGCUCCCUGUCUGUGGCCUGGCAAAGCAGUAGAGGGUGGCCCAAGUCCUUGAGACCCUGUACCCAUAUUGGAGACCCAGAAGAAACUCCUGGCUUCAGAUUGGCUCAGCUCUGGCCAUUUCAGCCACUUGGGGAAAUGAACCAGCAGAUGCAAGAUCUUUGUGUCUCCUUCCCUCUAUAAAUCUGCCUUGCCGAUAAAAAUUUAAAAAUCAGAGAGAGAGAGAGAGAGAGAAUUGGGUUUCAUGAAUAACAAGCUGCUUAGGGCUGGAUUUGAAGUAUUUUGAUGUUAUGUUUUGCAAAUAUUGAAGUUACAAUCA